UAUAUUUAAGUGCUUGGAACUGCAAACGAAGACAAGCACUAACACCAGACCAAAAAAAAACAAAAAAAAUGGAACGGAAGUGCUUCCCACAUUUCUGUUUCCUUCUGGUGAUCUUGAGCCUUGUAAUAUUGCAGCUCGGCGACAAGGUGGCGUCGAAAACGAAUGGAUGCAAUGGUUCAAUAGCAGAAUGCGAUGAAGAAUACGAGUUCUUGAUGCCAUCUCAUGUUAGUAAAAGGUAUCUUGAAGAGAAGAGGAAGUAUAUAUCACCUGGUGCUUUAAAGCCAGACCAGCCAGUUUGUAAUGAAGGCGCUAGUGGUCAGUCUUAUAGUAGCAGUUGUCUUCCACCUCCAUCUAAUUCUCCUUCUCGCGGUUGUUCCAAGUACUAUCGUUGCAGGUCUGAUGAUUGAUGAUCCAAAGCUUUUGUUUUCCUUUUCGUUUUUGUUUGAUCUAUCAUAAAGUUUAAUGAAAAAUUUAGAAUCUAUUUAAGAUCCAAUUAAACUUCA